AAGUGUUGCUGUAUCAAAUUCCUGCCACUCAUUGGUCGAAUCGUAUGUAUCAAGCUCAAGUCAAGCUCUCUUCUCGCACUCCACUCUCGCACCAAUCUCACACAUACCUCCCCACAAACAGCCCAAAUCCACACACGUAUAUCUCCAUAAUUGUAUUAGCAUCGCUCACCCCACUAGAGCCAUCACAAGUUCCAACUUCAACCCAAACCUCAAGCUCAUCACCGAUAUCACAUCCCAUCUCCUCAACCUAGCCCCCCCAAGAUACGCCAUGUCCGAUAGACCCUCACACCGAGGCGGCCGCGGUGGCCAAGGAUCGCAUCCCCGAGGUGGACGCGGAGGCGGUCGUGGAGGAGGCGGCGCGGGAGGCGCGCAGCAGGAGCGCGAGAGACCCAAGAAGGAGAACAUUCUCGACUUGGGCAAGUAUAUGGACAAGCAGAUCACUGUCAAGUUUAACGGUGGUCGCGAGGUCAAGGGCACAUUGAAGGGCUAUGAUGCUCUCAUGAACCUGGUACUAGAUGAUGUACAUGAGGUUGUUCGAGACGACGAAGGAAACGACUCGACUCGAUCCCUCGGCCUCGUAGUUGUUCGAGGUACCCUCCUUGUUCUCGUUAGCCCAGUCGACGGCAGCGAAGAGAUUGCCAACCCUUUUGUGCAAGCCGAGGAUGAUUGAGGAGUCAACUGUUAUCAAGCUGGAAACGAAUAUUACGACAAAGGCAAACAACAAAACGUCCGACCUGGAGCUGGUUACCAUAUAAACGGCCGUGUCAAGGCUGGGCUAAAUCCAAAAAAAAAAAACCGAGCGACACAAAUAGAUCGCCAGCUACUAGCAUGGCAAUUUUGGUUUAUGUAUGGGCAUCAAAAGCAGCAUUUCACGAAAACCCCUGGCUCCAAACGUGAAAUCAUCACGUCAGCCGCCACUUCAUAGAAUAUUGUAAUGAAUGAAGGCAAUAUAUCAUAUUGAAAAGGCAAAUAAGUUGUUUCUGUCUCGCUAUCUCAUCUCGCUCUGCUUCAAAACCACCACUAACCUCUUCCAUAUACACACGCAGUCUAAACAUCAUCAGUCAUGGCAAACCAUCCUGACCCUGUAGAUUGCAUCCAAUGUCCUAAUCCCCAUCGCGUUAUAUGACACAACUAGAAAUCUUCUGACAAUAUUGCCAGUCAUGAGUGCCUGAGUGAUCCAAGGCGAUGCCCUUAUAAGUACCCAAGUUGUCGUGAUUGUCUGAGAGACUGUUCUCAAAAAUCGGUGCUCUUUGUUUUUCUGGUCCUAUCGUUCUCAUGUUCAUCUCCUUCUUGAUAGCCGGGGUUUCUGUGUUGUCCUGAGGACUCGGUCCUUCUUGUAAGCCGUCGUUUGAUCCCUCCCCAAGCAAUGGCGAAGGCUUGCUUGGGCCUGCCUGUGCGUUGCGUACUGGUUUCUUCUCAAAGCCUCGGUGUGACUCGCCGGGAAACCCCAGUGAAUGGUCUGAUUCGCUUUGAGACCUUGCUCUCUCCUGAUAAGUUUGUUCCCUUGGAAAAUAUUCUGUUGCUCUAUAAGACUUUGGCCUCGUGGGAAUAGAAAAUGCACGAGACUGGCUGGGCCAAUACCCGCCGAUCUACCAUCAAAUCCAGUCCCAUACUGUCUUCCUCGCCCUGAGCAUGGCUUUUUCUAAAAUCCUGGCGGUGGCCGAGGCCUUUUACCGUGUUUGUCUGAAACUUGCCACGAGCUAGGUUGUUGUUCCUGCUGGGACUAAAAGCUUCGACCUGAUUUGCUCGCCUUGACAAGUUCUCCGUAGGAAUUCGCCAGCAUCUUCUUAAGCUCCUUGUAGCUGACGAGGAAGCUGGUCUGUUCGUCUCGACUGGUAAGACAAACCCUCUCCUCCGUCCCGAUAUCUAGUUUGCUCAUGCAGCGAAGCAUGUGUCCCAUAUCCAGAACUGGAUUGCCGUUGCUGUCCACUUGAUGGAAAACGUAGUCUCUGAAGAGUUUGAGCAUAUACCGCUCACCAUUUUCGGACCAAUUCUGAUCGCCGUUGAAGUCAUAUCGCUCGUUGACAGUCGCGAGCUUCAUCAUCAGUCUGGCAACCCUGCCGUUCUCCACCUCCCGCAUGACGUCGGCGCGGGCCUUGUCGUAGGCUUGAAGAUUUUGGUCAAACGUGGAUGUGAUACGACCAGCAAUUCCGCGUACGAAUUCCUCGAUGCCUUUCUGUGCUGGUGGUUGCUGAGGGGUGAGGAGCCACAGCACAGUAUCCCUCAGUUCGACUGAAUAUACCCUCGACAAUUGUUCCAACGACAUGUUAAAAUUAGUAAGAUGGAUUGGCAGAGUGUUAGUCGUUAGACAGAGCAAUAACCGGCCGAAUUGAAUGAAGUCUUCUUGCUGAAGCUCUUGAAUGGAUCGAUGAGCAUCAUAUUGAACAACGUCCAAGAUAGAGCAUGCGCUGAGACGGAUGCGGCCCUUGUCUGUAAGAAUAAUUUUGCUAGGGUCGAUGCACCGUGCUGCCAAAUUGACCGAAUGGAUAGCCUGGAGCGCAUUGGCAAUCUGUGAAAUGUAUCCCCAUAGGACGUUCUCUGCAAUGGGUGUUUUAGCUUGGAAACGUGUACCAUGGGUACUGCUUGGGGUCAAGUGAGCCUCAACAAGUGUUUUGGAGAGGGGGAAAUAGUUUUGUACAAAGAUGAGUGAGCUGUCCCCGAAGGCGCGGGUGGUAAACGCAUCGAUGAUAGAAACCACGCUGCCAUUAUUGAUGCGUCGCCACUCUUUGACAAGCCUGAUGGCAUUCUCGUUGGUGAGCCUGUAGCCUUCUAAUCGCCUGAGACAGUAAGUGUGACCCGACUUGGUUUGAGUAGCUUUGUAGACCCAGCUCGGAUAGCCGAAGAUAUUGGCAUUUUUCCGAUGGGUCGUAUCCAAGGGCACCAAGUUGUGGUAAUUGUCGAGUUGCGGCAACUGCGAGUUGGGGAGAACUUGGCCAGUUGCUUCAAGCUUAUUGACAAUCUCAAUUCGAUCUUUCUCGGCCAGGAAAAAGUCGUGAGGAACACGAUGAUAUGGCAUCAAAUCAUCUCGACGUGGCCCAGCGGGGAAGUAUAAGUGAUGUUGCAGAGGCUGAACAGGAGCAGCGAACGCAUUCUGUGCUGGGAAGUACCCUGGCCCAUGGCCACCGAGAGCUCCCGGAUCUUCGGCAUAAGGAUUGUACUGAGGAGUAGUAAUGCCUUGAUUCAUAGUAGGCACAGUGAAGGGGUCAUAAGACAUCCCGCCAUCUUGGCCGGAGCCAUUUGCGGAAGUAGUCUAUCUAAUCAGCGAAGAGUCUCGACAUUGGUAGUGACAGUCA